AAUAUAGAUUUUUCAGAUUUUGAUAUUAAAAGAGAAAGGAAGAGAGAUGAGGAUGUUGUUAUAUUAUUUCGUAUGCUUCUUCUUGCUCAUCCAUUCUCAACUGUUCAUUUCAUCAUCUUCGUCUUCUCCUGACCAUGCACCCCAAUGCCAUCCUGAUGAAAGCUCUGCCCUUCUCCAACUCAAGACCUCAUCAUUCAAAUUUAUUUAAAUGUUUCCCAUCAGGUAAUCAGGGAUACAACGACGAUGGUACUCCAUACGACGUAACAGCCGUCUGGCAUAAGAAAACUAAUUGUUGCACGUGGGACGGAAUCACGUGUGACAACGUUACAGGCCAUGUAAUCGGUUUGCAUUUGUAUUCUUGCAGCCUUCAAGGCACUAUCAGUUCCAACAGCACUCUCUUCAAACUCCACCAUCUCCAAAGUCUCGAUCUUUCUGGUAAUGAUUUUAGAGAGUCCUCUAUUGUACCAGAGUUUGGCAAAUUCAAGAAUAUGACCUUUCUUGAUCUGAGCAACUCCAACUUCAGCGGUCAUGUCCCUUUAGAGAUAUCCCAUCUUUCCAAAUUGGAUUAUCUCGGACUUGGUGGGUAUUGGGGGUAUAAAGUCAUGAUAGGGGAAAAUACCUUUAAAGCACUUUCUCAAAACUUAUCCAACUUGACAAGUUUCCACCUAGCUGGUAUUGAUUUGUCUUCUCUCCCACCAGCACUCCCUUUCAAAAACUUCUCAUCCUCUUUAACAUAUAUAGAACUCAUCGAUUGUAAGUUGAGUAGGAAGCUACUAGAGAGUAUUUUUGAGUUGUCGAAUCUCACCGCUCUUUCUUUAGAAGAUAAUGAAGCACCAGAUGUCUCUCUCCCAACAUCUAAUUGGAGUAGUGCACUUAACCGUUUAACUCUCCAUAAUAACACCUUCUCCAUUGACUUACCUCUUUUAUUGAAAGAUAUCCCCAAAUCUUUAUCUUCUUUGCAAUUAAGUUUCAGUAACUUAGUUGGUCCACUUCCAGACAACAUUCAAUUUUAUGACUCGUCAAACCAUCUCGUGCAUAGUGCUCCAAAUUUCACUGUUUUGAUUUUAUCAAACAACUUACUCAACGAGACAAUACCAACAUGGAUAUAUGCCCUACCGUAUUUGGAGGAUUUAGACCUCAGCGACAACCAAUUUACUGGGGAGAUAAUUCGUGAUUUUGAAACUACUUCAUUCGGUGAAACUGUGUUUUUGGGCAUCACUCCAAGAUCCACAUUUCAAAGUCAAAACCUCCAAGAUUUGGAUCUCUCAUCAAAUAAGUUCAGUGGUACUUUGGAAUUGGAAAAGCUUUUAAUUUCCAAAAGGACCUCUUCCAAUUAUUGCAUCAUCUUAUCUGGGGUUCUUCUCAGCAGCCAAAAAUCAAUUUGUGGGAGAGAUCCCAACUUCCUUUUGCAACACGCCAUUCCUUAUGGUGCUUGAUUUAUCUUCGAAUAACUUGAGUGGUAUCAUUCCUCGAUGCAUUGUAAAACAUAGCAAAAUUCUUUCGGUCUUGAAUUUUGCUGGGAACAAAUUAUAUGGUACUAUCCCCAACACAUUUUCAGUAGGAAGUACUUUGAGAAAUCUCAAUCUAAAUGGAAAUCAUUUAGAAGGCUCAUUGCCAAGAUCACUAGAAUAUUGCAGAAAUCUUGAAGUUCUAGAUCUUGGAAAUAACAUCCUCAACGACUCAUUUCCUCACUGGCUAGACUCUCUUCCAGCCUUACGGGUUUUUGUCUUGAGAUCUAAUAGGUUUUAUGGUUCGAUAAGAAAACCUAAAAUCGAAUAUCCUUUUCCUGAGUUAAGGAUUAUAGAUUUGUCCCACAAUGAGUUUGAUGGUGCUCUUCCAACAAAAUACUUUGUCAACUUCAAAGCUAUGAUGAAUACAGAGAAUGUCCAACUGAAGUACAUGGGAGAUGAUUAUUACCAAGACUCUAUAACAAUGACCAUGAAAGGAUCUGAGUUAGAGUUGGUGCAUAUCCUAACUAUCCUUGUAACUCUUGAUUUCUCAUGCAAUAAUUUUAGUGGAGAGAUUCCAGUGUUCCUUGGAGGGCUGAACGAACUCAAGGGCCUCAACAUUUCUCAUAAUAUGCUCAGAGGUACCAUACCAUCAUCAUUGGGAAAUUUGACUAACCUUGAGUGGUUAGACCUCUCUGUUAACAAGCUAAGUGGGAAUAUUCCUUGGCAGUUGACCGAUUUAAUAUGGCUCGAAAUCUUAAACCUUUCAGAAAACAAACUCGUGGGACCGAUACCCAAUGGUAAGCAGUUCAAUACUUUUAGCAAUGAUUCAUUCAAAGGAAAUUUAGAUUUGUGUGGUUUUCCACUGUCCAAACCAUGCAAUGAGGAAUAUGAAGGAUCGACCAUGGAGCAAGAAAAUGAAUCGGAGGAUGCAAAUGGAUUUACUUGGAAAGUUGUGGUAUUGGGGUAUGGAUGUGGCUUUGUGUUUGGGAUCUUCAUAGGUUAUAUUAAUUUUUUCUCAAAUGGAAGAGCAGGUUUGUUUGUGAAGUGGUUGUGGUAGAGCAAUGUGGUUUCAUAAUUGGCAAGGAGUGUCUCUUAUUUAUUUAGAUUUAAUUAUAUUUAGUCUCAUGUUGUAAUAAAGCUCAUGUUGUUGUUGUAGUAUUUUGUGUUUUUAUUAUUUUUCUCUUUUUUUUCUUGUCUUUUUGGGUGGUAUAAAUUUAUAAAACAAUGCCUUGGAGUAAAUAAGAGUAAUUAAUUUUCUUAUUA